UUAAAGAAAAGAGUGAACAUGAGAAAAUCAAUGGAAGGCAUUUCAUUGUUACUUCUUGUAUAUUUAUUUGUUUUCUCCAUCUUAAGGAGUGCUAAUGCAGUAGAUACUCUGUCUCCAAGUCAAUCCAUUAGAGAUGGUGAAACUCUGGUUUCAGCUGAUGGGAGCUUCGAACUUGGAUUUUUCAGCCCUACAAUAAGUUCCACAAGUCGAUUUUUAGGAAUAUGGUACAAGAAAGUAACUAAUGGAACGGUUGUAUGGGUGGCAAAUAGAGAAACUCCAAUUUCUGAUAAUAAAGGAGUCUUACUUUUCUCCAACCAGGGAAUUCUUUCGCUUCUGAAUAGCACAAAUAGCACUAUUUGGUCAUCUAAUACAUCAAAACCUGCACAAGAACCCGUUGCUCAUCUUCUCAAUUCAGGAAAUCUUGUAGUAAAAGAUGGAAAAGACAACAACGCAGCUGAAGACAAUCUAUGGCAGAGUUUUGAUUAUCCUUGUGAUACUCUUCUGCCGGGAAUGAAAAUCGGGAAGAACUUAGUGACAGGUUUUGAGUGGUUUCUGUCAUCCUGGAAAACGACAGAUGAUCCUGCUCCAGGCCAAUACUUUGUACGUAUAAAUAUCAGUGGAUAUCCACAACUAGAAAUUGAGAAGGGAUCUAAAAUGGUGUACAGAGCAGGAUCAUGGAAUGGUCUCAUCUUUCAAGCGAUGAAAAGGAAUGUAUUAUCUUUUGUCAACAAUGAAUUUGAGUUGAAUGAGAAUGAAGUCUAUUAUACUACUGAGCCCAAAAACAGUUCAGUAGUUACUAGGAUCAUGCUGAACCCGUCAGGCUUUGUUCAGUUCCUUUCGUGGAGUGAUCAACAACGUGAUUGGGAGUCUUUAUUUACGUCACGUCUUGAUCAGUGUGUGAACUAUGCCCUUUGUGGAACAUAUGCUACCUGCAAUGAAAAUGACUCUCCAGCGGUGUGUUCAUGCUUGGAAGGGUUCACCCCCAAAUUCGUAGGAAAGUGGAAUUCAGGAGUUUGGUAUGAUGGUUGUGUUAGAAGAACUCCAUUGGUUUGCAACAAUGGAGAUAGCUUUUACAAGCGCACGGGUUUGAAAUUGCCAGACACGUCCCAUUCCAAGGUUAACAUGACCAUGAACAUCAAAGAAUGUAGGCAGUUAUGUUUGCGUGAUUGCUCUUGCACUGCAUAUACAAAUUCAGAUAUCAGAGAGGGCGGAAGCGGAUGCCUGCUGUGGUUUGGUGAUCUGUUGGACAUGAGAGAUGAUAUGGGGCAGGAUGGGCAAGACCUUUAUAUUCGACUUGCUGCUUCUGAAAUAGAAAAUAUCAUACAAAAGAGGCAAUCAUGGGAGAAAAGGCGAGUAGCAAUUAUAGUCGGCUCUGUCAUAAUAGGAAUGGUAAUGCUGAUAUUACCCGUCUUGUGUAUACUGUGGAGGAAACGUAAUAAGAAAGGAUUGACAAGAAAGAAUCGCGCAAUGGAUUGUGAUGAAAGGGAGAACGAAGAGAUGGAAUUGCCAUUAUUUAAUUUUGGGACCAUAGAAAAUGCCACAAAUAACUUUUCUAUUGAGAACUUGCUGGGAAGAGGUGGAUUUGGAUCUGUUUACAAGGGUACAUUGGCAGAGGGGCAACACAUAGCAGUAAAGAGACUGUCAAAUGAUUCUGGACAAGGGCUGAAAGAAUUCAAAAAUGAAGUCAUUUUGAUUGCCAAACUUCAGCACCGCAAUCUUGUAAAGCUUCUCGGCUGUUGCAUUCAAGGAGAUGAAAAAUUGUUAAUCUAUGAAUACAUGGCCAACAAAAGUUUGGACUACUUUAUUUUCGGUUUGGUCCUUCACUAUUCCUUUCAUAUUUCAAAAUCUUUUUUUUCUGACACCUUCUCUUUGAGGAUUCUAUUAGUGGUUUGGCUAACAUGGGGAACUGAAUCAGAUCAAACAAGAAGCAAACUACUAGACUGGAGUAAACGUGUGAAUAUUAUUGGUGGAAUUGCUCGUGGACUUCUUUAUCUUCAUCAAGACUCUAGACUUAGAAUAAUCCACAGGGAUCUCAAGUCUAGCAACAUUUUACUGGAUAAUGCAAUGAACCCAAAAAUUUCAGAUUUUGGCUUAGCUAAAACAUUUUGGGGAGACCAAACUGAGGCCAACACAAAUAAAGUGGUCGGAACAUAUGGUUAUAUGUCUCCCGAAUACGCCAUUGAUGGGGUUUUCUCAAUGAAAUCUGAUGUCUUUAGCUUUGGGGUUCUUGUCCUUGAGAUAGUAAGUGGAAAGAAGAACAGGGGGUUUUCCCACCGAGAUCAUGAUCAUAAUCUUCUCGGACAUGCAUGGAGAUUAUGGACAGAAAAGAGGCCAAUGGAACUGAUUGAUGAUGCUUUUGGGGACUUUUGCUUGCCAUCUGAAAUGCUGCGAUGCAUUCAUGUGGGAUUAUUGUGCGUGCAGCAGCGACCAGAAGAUAGACCAAACAUGUCUUCUGUAAUUGUAAUGCUAGGCAGUGAAAGUGCAUUGCCUCAACCGAAGCAGCCAGGGUUUUUCACAGGGAGGAAUCUGCCUGAAGCUGAGUCUUCAACAAGCAACUGUAAAUCAUCUUCUGCAAACGAGUGCACCGUUACCCUGUUAGAGCCACGGUAGUUGGAUUUGUCUGUUGAAAGGUAAUUCAUAAUCUGGUGGUGACAGCAUGUGAAGAACAAGUGAGGAGCUUCAGUUCUAUAAGGCAAAACGAUGGCGUUUCUUUAUCAAAUAUUCUGAGCUUCCAAAGUGUGUCGUUUUACUCUUUUAUGUUUUAAAGUUCGUUGUACUCAAAACGAUGUUACUCAUGUCGUUUUUGGUUUAGUUUACUUAAGUCCUAUAUGCCUAAUUAUAGUUUACUUAAGUCCAAAACACAAAAUGAUUUGGUUUGCUUCAAUUUUAAUAAAUAUAAAA